AUGUCGGAGAAAGCAGCCAGCUGCACUCAUGUCAGCCAGGGCCAUCAGGCGGUGAAACAGCUGCGGGCUGAGGCUGGGUUGGAGAGGAUGAAGGUGUCAAAGGCAGCCAGUGACUUGCUGCAAUAUUGCCUAGAACACUCGAAGAAUGAUCCCCUGCUGACUGACAUCCCAGCCUCUUCUAAUCCCUUCAAGGAGAAAAAGAUGUGCACUAAAGCAUGA